AUGAGAGGCGAGCCUGCACCUGCAUGGGACUCUGGGAACAACACCGUUUGGGAGGAAUACACUGAUAUCGCCUUUGUGGUGGCAAACAGCUUCAUUCUGUUUAUCACUGCUCUUGUGGGGAUUGCAGCAAAUAUUUUUGUCAUACUGGCAGUUUAUCACCAAAAAUCACUCCAAACUUGGAACAAUGCGCUGUUGGUGAAUCUUGCCCUAAUAGAUAUUCUGAGAUGUGUGAUUGACUGCCCCAUUCUCCUAACCAUCGUCAUGAUCGUGUAUCAAAGAGGACAUGUGGACGAGUUGAUCUGUGAUGCACAAGUGGCCUCUUUCUCUUUCAGCUGCUGCAUCCAGCUGUUGACGCUGGCCUGCAUAAGUGCAGAGAGAUACCAAGCUAUUGCACAACCCUUUAAAACCAGUCAAAGGCGAAGACGGAUUAUGGUUCUGAUCCCUGUCACAUGGACUUUGGGCAUUGUGGUAGCUGGUUUUUGUCUGAUGUUUGUGAAGGACUCACCCGUGCAUUUAAAAUGCAAAGGAUUACAGAGAGAAACAUCAUCCUCCUAUGACACCUUUGGACUUUAUAUGUUAUUACCACUUUGGGCAGCUUGCUUUGGUGUUAUCACUGGAUUUUAUGGUCGCAUAUUUAUCCUUGUCAGAUCACAUAAUCGCAAAAUAUUUGACAAAGGUACUUUUCCCCUUUCAAAAGUAGACAAAACAGAUGACAAGCAGAAGAAAGAAGAAACCACAGCUGUGCAAAAUGGACAUGACAAAUCAGAACAAAACCAGACCUUGAGCAAGGAUGUUGCUCAGAUGGAACUAGUGACACAGGCUGAACCAAAUUUUUCCAAGAAAGACUCUGAGGCUGCUCUGCUGGCCUCAGCAAAACCUCUGCAAUGUGUCUCCAUCAGUUCAGAGAAUAAAACAGAACCAGGAAAUACAUUUGAGACAGCGGACUUGGAAACAGAACAACCUCGCCUUCCUGCAAUGCGGGUUGCAGUGGAGAGUGAGGAGAAACCUCUCACAACAGAGCAGUCAAAUCUCUGUGCAGAGAAAGUUGAGGCAAAACCAUCAAACGGAGCCGCCGUUGCUGGUGUUAAGAGCUCAACCGCAAAGCCGCAGAAGGUGUCAAGCAAUUCUGACACAGAGAAGCAAUCCAAAGAGAGAGUGAUUAACAAAGCACCCUCUGAAAUGAAAGAAACCAGCCCACAUGUCCCAUCGUCUGCACAGUUAGAAAACCUUGAAUCCACUUCUGUUUUACUGAUUGACCCAAAACAUGCUAAGAACAACAACGGAGGAGAAACACUGGCUGUUGCUGCAGCGGACCAAGCAUCUUCAUUACCCCCAGUCUCAAAUAAUGUCCCUGAAACAGAAGCUAGAAAACCAGUUGUGGAGGUGGAGGGCGCCGUUUGCAUGAUGCCUUCGAAAGCAAGUAAGGAGAGAGCGAGCAAGAAGAGGGAAAGUAAACUGGCCCAGCGUGCCGGCUACAUUAUUGUAACUUUCCUCCUAUUCUGGCUGCCGUUGAUCACAACUAUCCUGGUGAAUUUUGGGAUUCACAAAAACAUGAAUAAACAGAUAGCAAUCAUUCAGCAUGUGGAGAUUCUGUCAGUCUCUGUUGCCUGCAUCACAUCACUGAGUGACCCGAUAAUAUACACUGCAGUAAACCCACAGUUUCGGACAGAAUUUUACAGGCUUAAAAACAGGGUUGCAUCUGUAUUCAGUAAGAAAUGA